CGUGCAGUCCGGCGAUUUUUAGCAAACGUCCUGAAAACGGCAAAAGAAAUACGAAAAAUAAAAAAACCAUAGUAAAAAUACAUACACACAUACAUAUAAAUUCGUAACUACGGAGUUAACGAAGUUGAGCGGAGUUGAGUGGUGAAUAAAUACAUAUAAAUAUGUGUAAAUCGAGUUAGUUGCAAUGUUUAUUCAAUUACAAGGCUUUCGAAACGCAACAACGUGUUGAAUGUGCCGCAAUUAUUUUACUAAGUGCAUUGUUUUUUAAUAAAAAGUAUUUGUUACUGCCGCAGGAUUUUAGUUUUACAACGGUUUUAUUGAAAAAAUGUUUACUUUUGGCGCGAAAAAAUAUUUGCAACUGCUUUGUUUGCUUUUGUGCGCGCUUUGUGGAUUGAUUUCCGUUGUUGUUGCGAAGCCGACCAUCGCUUUUAACCUGCCACAAAGUUUUCAGGGAUUUCCCUCCUUCGCAUCGUUCACCCAGCAAUACUUCGAGAGUCGAAAUUUGCGGCAGAUGAAGACGUACAGUGGGAAACGGCUCACUAAUGACUCGUUAAUAAUGAUUUACUAUCAUGACUCCACCAUUGCGGUUACCGAAUUAGGACCAGAGAAACUGUUGUUAAGCUGCGAGUUGAUUGAAAUUUACAAUGAAAAAGAUGGAAAAAUCCUACUCGAAGGGCUUUCCAAAUACAAUCGACCACUACGGAUAAAAUUUGAUGAAAUGCUGAAAUUAAUGAACCAAUGUGAGCGUGUCGAUAAGAUUACAUAUGCAUCACGAAAUCGAGCCAAAUCCAUAGAUGUCAAUGCGAAUAAGGAUAGCUCAACGAAUAAUGGUGUUACAAAUUUGGCAUCAACUAUAUUUCCGAAAAGUCCAUUUUCAUUAUUGAGUGGCAUAAUACCGGGCACAAAAUGGUGCGGCACUGGUGACAUUGCGGAAACCUACAGCGACUUGGGCACCGAGAUGGAUAUGGAUCGUUGUUGUCGACAGCACGAUUUAUGCCCCGUGAAAAUACGUGCCUAUCAAAAUAAGUACGAACUGAUGAACGAUUCCUUGUACACAAAAUCUCAUUGCAUAUGCGAUGAUAUGCUAUACUCCUGCCUCAAAAAUGCCAACACACCAGCGGCGCAGCUAAUGGGCUCAAUCUAUUUUAAUUUGGUUCAAGUACCCUGUUUGGCUGGGGCCAAUGAAAAUUAUCGUUUUCGAGCUGCUAAAGAAGGAUUCUAGAUAAGCGAUAAUUGGGGAAUAUGCUUCUCUAUGUACAUUACAUAGAGAGACAAAUGUGAAUUAGGAAUUAGCCAAAUUUGUGUAAAAUAUUGUGUUUGUU